GGCAUCGCGCUAUUUCGUACAAGCUGCGUACACUUCCGUGGCUUUCAUUGUAUAAGAAACGUGGAAUUGCGACUGGUUUCUAGAUUGUGUAUAGGUUUUUAAAACUUUAUUGGGCCAUAGCCCAGAAAGCUUAAAUCAGGAUGUCGGGAAUCCCACCAUUUUUUAUUCCUGGUGUCACACCCCCAAAUCCAUGGGCAAAUGCGGCUAUGAUGGCGCAAGCCCAGCAACAGGCACAGCAAGCCCAAAUGGCUGCUGCGGUCCAAAUGCAGGCUCAGGCAGCUGCAGCUGCUCAACUUCAAGCUGCUCAGAUCCAUGCUGUUCAAGCAGCCCAUGCACAAGUGCAGGCUCAGGUUCAGGCAACACAAGGUCCUCCUGUAAUAACUAGUUCAAAACAAGAGCAGAUGACAGAAGAAAAAAUGCAAGACAAGGCUCGCAAAUGGCAGCAAUUGCAAACCAAACGUUAUGCAGACAAGAGAAAGUUUGGCUUUGUUGAUUCUCAGAAAGAAGAUAUGCCUCCAGAGCACGUCCGUAAAAUCAUUCGGGACCAUGGUGAUAUGACCAACCGAAAGUUCCGUCACGACAAGAGAGUGUACCUGGGUGCUCUUAAAUAUAUGCCACACGCUGUUCUCAAGCUCUUGGAGAACAUGCCUAUGCCUUGGGAACAAAUCCGUGAUGUUAAAGUACUCUACCACAUCACAGGUGCCAUUAGCUUCGUCAACGAGAUUCCGUGGGUCGUUGAACCUGUUUACAUUGCCCAGUGGGGUACUAUGUGGAUUAUGAUGCGUCGAGAGAAACGAGAUCGUAGACACUUCAAACGAAUGCGUUUUCCUCCUUUUGACGAUGAAGAACCUCCGUUGGACUAUGCUGACAAUAUUUUGGAUGUAGAACCCCUGGAAGCCAUUCAGAUGGAGUUGGACUCGGACGAAGACAAACCAGUUGCUUCCUGGCUGUACGAUAGUAAACCUUUGGUCGAUACCAAAUUCGUCAAUGGCACUACCUAUCGCAAGUGGCAACUCGAAAUGCCUCAACUGGCGACACUCUACCGUUUGGCGAAUCAAUUGUUGACUGACCUCGUCGAUGACAAUUACUUUUACCUCUUCGACCUCAAGUCCUUCUUCACCGCCAAGGCGCUGAAUAUGGCAAUUCCGGGUGGACCUAAAUUCGAACCACUUGUCAAAGACGGAAACACUCAAGAUGAGGAUUGGAAUGAAUUUAAUGAUAUCAACAAGAUUAUCAUCCGGCAACCUGUUCGAACAGAAUAUCGUAUUGCCUUCCCCUAUCUCUACAACAACAUGCCCAACUUUGUUCAUUUAUCUUGGUAUCAUACCCCAAAUGUGACGUUCAUCAAGACAGAAGAUCCCGAUUUGCCGGCUUUCUACUUCGAUCCGCUCAUCAAUCCGAUUUCGCAUCGCCGUACCGAGAACAAGUUGGCAGAAAUGGCUGAGCAAGAUUUGCUACCUGACGAUAGCGAAGAAUUUGAACUACCAGAAUAUGCCGCACCACUGCUUCAAGAAUGGCCCUUGUAUACGGAUAACACAGCGAACGGAAUUGCGUUGCUGUGGGCUCCAAGGCCGUUCAACUGCAGGUCGGGAUUCACUCGUCGUGCACUGGAUGUUCCAUUGGUCAAAAACUGGUACCGUGAACACUGCCCACCCGGACAACCGGUCAAGGUGCGCGUUUCAUACCAGAAGCUAUUGAAGUACUACGUCUUGAAUGCGCUUAAGCAUAGACCACCGAAAGCCCAGCGCAAGCGUUAUCUUUUCCGGUCCUUCAAGUCGACCAAAUUCUUCCAGCAAACAACUUUGGAUUGGGUCGAAGUCGGCCUUCAGGUCUGUCGCCAAGGAUGGAAUAUGUUGAACUUGUUGAUUCACAGGAAGAACCUCAACUACUUACAUUUGGAUUACAAUUUCAACUUGAAACCCGUAAAGACUCUAACAACCAAGGAACGUAAAAAGUCACGUUUCGGAAAUGCUUUCCAUCUUUGUCGUGAAAUCCUGCGUUUGACGAAGCUGAUCAUCGACUCCCAUGUCCAGUAUCGUCUCAACAACGUCGAUGCUUUCCAGUUGGCUGAUGGUCUUCAGUAUAUUUUUGCUCACGUUGGUCAAUUGACUGGCAUGUACCGUUACAAGUACAAGUUGAUGAGGCAGAUCCGAAUGUGCAAGGAUCUUAAACAUCUUAUCUACUACCGCUUCAACACUGGCCCAGUAGGAAAAGGUCCCGGCUGCGGUAUUUGGGCUCCCGGAUGGCGCGUUUGGCUCUUUUUCUUGCGUGGCAUUACCCCAUUGCUUGAAAGAUGGUUGGGCAAUUUGUUGUCUCGUCAAUUCGAAGGCCGUCACUCAAAAGGUAUCGCCAAGACUGUCACCAAGCAGCGUGUCGAAUCCCAUUUCGAUUUGGAACUUCGAGCUUCUGUCAUGCACGACAUCCUCGAUAUGAUGCCUGAAGGUAUCAAGCAGAAUAAAGCUCGUACCAUCUUGCAACAUUUGUCUGAGGCCUGGAGAUGCUGGAAAGCCAACAUUCCGUGGAAGGUCCCUGGAUUACCAACGCCCAUUGAAAAUAUGAUUCUUCGUUACGUCAAGAUGAAGGCUGACUGGUGGACUAAUACGGCUCAUUACAAUCGUGAACGUAUUCGUCGUGGUGCCACUGUCGACAAAACAGUGUGCAAAAAGAAUUUGGGACGUCUGACCCGUCUUUACCUCAAGGCUGAACAAGAGCGUCAGCACAACUACUUGAAAGACGGUCCUUACAUUUCUCCCGAAGAAGCUGUUGCUAUCUACACCACAACUGUCCAUUGGCUUGAAUCGCGUCGCUUUGCUCCAAUUCAGUUCCCUCCGCUGUCUUACAAGCACGAUACAAAACUGCUCAUCUUGGCGUUGGAGCGACUUAAGGAAGCCUACAGCGUCAAAUCGCGUCUCAACCAGAGUCAACGUGAAGAGCUCGGUUUGAUCGAACAAGCUUACGACAACCCGCACGAAGCCUUGUCUCGUAUCAAGCGUCACUUGUUGACACAGCGAGCCUUCAAAGAAGUCGGUAUCGAGUUCAUGGAUCUUUACAGCCACUUGGUACCUGUCUACGAUGUCGAACCGCUAGAGAAGAUCACGGACGCUUAUCUAGACCAGUACUUGUGGUAUGAAGCCGACAAGCGUCGUUUGUUCCCACCCUGGAUCAAACCGGCUGAUGCUGAGCCACCUCCAUUGCUAGUUUACAAGUGGUGCCAGGGCAUUAACAAUCUCCAGGAUGUUUGGGAAACAUCGGAUGGCGAAUGUAACGUUAUGCUGGAGACGAAAUUUGAAAAGCUGUACGAAAAGAUCGAUUUAACAUUGCUCAAUCGUCUUCUGCGUCUAAUCGUGGAUCACAACAUCGCCGAUUACAUGACAGCCAAGAACAACGUCGUCAUCAAUUACAAAGACAUGAACCAUACCAACUCGUACGGUAUCAUCCGUGGUCUUCAGUUCGCCUCUUUCGUGGCCCAGUACUUUGGUCUGGUUCUUGAUCUCCUCGUCCUGGGUCUCCAACGUGCAUCGGAGAUGGCGGGUCCGCCGCAGAUGCCCAACGAUUUCCUCAUUUUUCAAGAUGUGGCCACCGAAGUCGCUCACCCCAUUCGGCUCUAUUCACGCUACGUCGAUCGCGUCCACAUGUAUUUCCGCUUCACGGCUGAAGAGGCUCGCGACCUGAUCCAACGUUACCUGACCGAGCACCCUGACCCCAACAACGAGAACAUUGUGGGUUACAACAACAAAAAGUGUUGGCCGCGUGACGCUCGAAUGCGUCUCAUGAAGCACGACGUCAAUCUUGGCCGUGCCGUUUUCUGGGACAUCAAGAACAGGUUGCCUCGUUCCGUUUCCACCAUUCAGUGGGAGGGUAGCUUUGUCAGCGUCUACUCGAAAGAUAACCCCAACUUGCUCUUCAACAUGGCCGGAUUUGAGUGCCGCAUCUUACCCAAGUGCCGUAUGACACACGAGGAGUUUACGCAUCGCGAUGGCGUUUGGAACUUGCAGAAUGAGAUCACCAAAGAGCGAACGGCCCAAUGUUUCUUGCGCGUCGAUGACGAGUCGCUGCAAAAGUUCCACAACCGUGUCCGUCAAAUUUUGAUGGCUUCCGGGUCCACCACUUUCACGAAGAUCGUCAACAAAUGGAACACGGCGCUGAUUGGUCUCAUGACCUACUUCCGUGAAUCGGUUGUCAAUACCCAGGAAUUGCUGGACUUGCUGGUGAAGUGCGAGAACAAAAUCCAGACCCGUAUCAAGAUCGGAUUGAAUUCAAAAAUGCCCUCGCGUUUUCCUCCCGUCGUAUUCUACACCCCCAAGGAGUUGGGCGGUCUUGGAAUGUUGUCCAUGGGUCACGUGCUCAUCCCUCAGUCUGAUUUGCGUUGGUCCAAGCAAACGGACGUCGGCAUUACCCAUUUCCGAUCGGGUAUGUCACACGACGAAGAUCAGCUCAUCCCCAAUUUGUAUCGUUACAUCCAACCGUGGGAAGCCGAGUUUAUUGAUUCCCAGCGAGUCUGGGCUGAAUAUGCACUCAAACGUCAAGAAGCCUCUGCACAGAACCGUCGCUUGACCCUUGAAGACUUGGAAGACAGCUGGGAUCGUGGUAUUCCUCGUAUCAACACCCUUUUCCAGAAGGAUCGACACACUUUGGCUUACGACAAAGGAUGGCGUGUGCGCACAGAAUUCAAACAGUACCAGGUGCUGAAACAGAAUCCCUUCUGGUGGACUCAUCAGCGUCACGACGGCAAACUUUGGAACCUGAACAACUAUCGUACCGACAUGAUUCAAGCCUUGGGAGGUGUUGAAGGUAUCCUUGAGCACACUCUCUUCAAAGGAACCUAUUUCCCCACCUGGGAAGGUCUCUUUUGGGAGAAGGCGUCCGGUUUCGAAGAGUCGAUGAAGUACAAGAAGUUGACUAAUGCCCAGCGUUCCGGUUUGAAUCAAAUUCCCAACCGUCGGUUCACUCUGUGGUGGUCGCCAACCAUCAACCGAGCCAACGUCUACGUUGGUUUCCAGGUCCAACUUGAUUUGACUGGCAUUUUCAUGCACGGCAAAAUCCCGACGUUGAAGAUUUCCCUGAUUCAAAUUUUCCGUGCCCAUUUGUGGCAGAAGAUCCACGAAUCCGUCGUGAUGGAUCUUUGUCAAGUUUUUGAUCAGGAACUUGACGCUUUGGAGAUUGAAACUGUGCAGAAAGAAACUAUUCAUCCCCGUAAAUCUUACAAGAUGAACUCUUCCUGCGCCGACAUCCUUCUCUUCGCCUCGUACAAGUGGAACGUUUCUCGGCCGUCCCUUUUGGCUGACUCUCGUGAUGUCAUGGAUAAUACCACCACACAGAAAUACUGGAUUGAUGUCCAGCUGCGUUGGGGCGAUUACGAUUCCCACGACAUUGAACGUUAUUCUCGUGCUAAAUUCCUCGACUACACGACAGACAACAUGUCCAUCUAUCCGUCGCCGACUGGUGUCCUGAUUGCCCUGGAUUUGGCCUACAAUUUGCACAGUGCAUACGGCAAUUGGUUCCCUGGAUCCAAGCCGCUUAUCCAACAAGCCAUGGCGAAGAUCAUGAAGGCCAAUCCUGCUCUCUACGUCUUGCGCGAACGUAUCCGCAAAGGUCUCCAGCUGUAUUCUUCUGAGCCGACGGAACCUUACUUGUCAUCGCAGAAUUACGGUGAAUUGUUCUCCAAUCAAAUCAUUUGGUUCGUCGACGAUACAAACGUCUACCGUGUCACGAUCCACAAGACCUUCGAAGGCAACUUGACGACCAAACCCAUUAACGGAGCCAUUUUCAUCUUCAAUCCUCGUACUGGUCAGCUUUUCCUCAAGAUUAUUCACACGUCCGUAUGGGCCGGUCAGAAGCGUUUGGGUCAGCUGGCGAAGUGGAAAACUGCCGAAGAAGUUGCCGCCCUUAUUCGAUCGUUGCCCGUGGAAGAACAGCCCAAACAGAUCAUCGUAACACGAAAGGGCAUGUUGGAUCCCCUCGAAGUCCAUUUGCUGGAUUUCCCCAACAUUGUCAUCAAGGGCUCUGAGCUCCAGCUUCCCUUCCAGGCCUGCCUUAAAGUCGAGAAGUUUGGUGAUUUGAUUUUGAAGGCGACCGAACCCCAGAUGGUCCUGUUCAACCUCUACGACGAUUGGCUGAAGACCAUUUCCAGUUACACGGCAUUCUCCCGUCUUAUCCUUAUUCUGCGCGCCCUUCACGUGAAUAACGACCGAACCAAGGUGGUGCUGAAACCAGACAAGACCACCAUCACCGAAGCCCAUCACAUUUGGCCCUCACUGACGGACGAGCAAUGGAUCAAAGUUGAAGUGCAACUCAAGGAUCUCAUCCUGGCUGAUUACGGCAAGAAGAACAACGUCAACGUGGCUUCGCUGACACAGUCUGAAAUUCGAGACAUCAUUCUCGGUAUGGAGAUCAGUGCCCCUUCGGCCCAGCGUCAGCAGAUUGCCGAAAUCGAGAAGCAGACUAAGGAGCAGACGCAGCUGACAGCUACGACGACACGAACAGUCAACAAACAUGGUGACGAAAUCAUCACGAGCACCACUUCCAAUUACGAGACGCAGACAUUCAGCUCCAAGACCGAAUGGAGAAUCCGAGCCAUUUCGGCCACCAACCUCCACCUCCGAACGAAUCACAUUUACGUUUCAUCGGACGACAUUAAAGAGACGGGCUACACUUACAUUCUGCCCAAGAACGUGCUGAAGAAGUUUGUCACCAUUUCCGACUUGAGAGCGCAGAUCGCGGGAUACCUUUACGGCAUCAGUCCACCUGACAAUCCUCAGGUGAAGGAGAUUCGCUGCAUUGUGAUGCCGCCUCAAUGGGGUACCCAUCAGUCGAUUCACUUGCCCGUCCAACUACCCCAGCACGAGUACCUCAAAGACCUGGAGCCACUCGGCUGGAUGCACACUCAACCCAAUGAGUUGCCGCAACUGUCGCCACAGGAUAUUACAACUCACGCCAAAGUGAUGGCCGACAAUGCCAAUUGGGAUGGCGAGAAGACUGUGAUCAUUACGUGCAGUUUCACACCUGGCUCUUGUUCGCUCAUGGCCUACAAAUUGACGCCCAGCGGUUUCGAAUGGGGCAAACAGAACACGGAUCGUGGCAACAAUCCAAAGGGUUAUCUACCGUCACAUUACGAGCGAGUGCAAAUGUUGUUGUCCGAUCAAUUCCUCGGCUUUUUCAUGGUCCCUUGCCAGGGCUCGUGGAACUACAAUUUCAUGGGUGUUCGCCACGACCCUAACAUGAAGUAUGAACUUCACCUGGCCAAUCCAAAGGAGUUUUAUCACGAGGUUCAUCGGCCAUCACAUUUCAUGAAUUUCUCCUCCAUCGAGGAAGGUGACAGUGUCGGAGCAGAUCGUGAUGACUCGUUCGCUUGAUUUUCUUAAUUUUUUUUUGUAUGGUCUUUUUUCGUUUCCAUCCGGGGCCCGUUCCCAAUACAUAGCCGGAGAAAAUAGAAAAUAAUAUGUUUGGGAACUCAUGAAAUCAAGCUUUGUGUUUUGCUUCCCAAUUCUUAUAACUUGAAGUUUUUUCAUGUUUUAAUGUACUAUCUGUUUGAUUCGAUUUAAACAGAAUACAAUAGAGCAAACAUUUUA